AUGUCAAAAUCUGUUAGUGGCAAACGCAAGGGUAAAGGUAAGGGUAAAAAAGGUAAAACUAAAGAUCCUAUGAAUGACGCUCUGGAGAAAGCACAGAAAGAUGUGAAAAAUUUAAGAGGAGAGAUAAGCCAAAAAAUAUUUAUAGCUGAAAAUGCAGAAAAUCGUUGUUACCAAGCUCGCAUAGACAAUAUGAAAUCAGUAGAAAAAUAUGAAGAAAUAAAAAUGUCUACACAAAAUCAUACAGCAUUUCUAGUCACAGAGAAUGAGAUGAAGGUUGCCAAUUUACGCAAUGAAAUGGAAAAGCUAAGUACAAAAUUAAAUGAAGCAAAUCAACUCAUUGAAUUAAGAAAUAGUCAACUGGAAAAUCUUAAUCAAGAAUUUGAAAAAUGUUUAGCAGAAAAAGACCUUAAAAUUAAUUCACUAGAACAAAAACUACAAGAACAAACUGCAUUAUUCCGUGAUGUUAUUUCACAAGCAUUCAAUCAGCUCAUUCAACAAUUACAAAUUGACUAUGAGAAUGUUCAUAAGAAUUUCUCAAUAUUUUCACAAUCUACAAGUGAUUUAGUGGAAUUUGAAUUCUUAAAUCCUCCAUUUUUAGAUGAAGAAUCAACUGAGUAUAUAUGA